AUGGCCAUGCUCAAGCAGUUUGCGGAGAUGGAGACCGCGGACUGUGAGCGCAUGCACGCCCUCUUCUGCGAUCUCGCCAAGCAGAUGGAGGAUCUCGAGACCUUCUACUUGUGGUGCAAGGUCUCCUCGUCUCCCAAUCCGACGUCCCCAGCGUGGGAGAAGAUGAAUCCGCCAGUCCGACGUCCCGCGUGCUCAUGGGAAAAGAAGAAGAAAGAAUCGGAGGAGCACCUAGAAAUGAUUUUUUUAGCACUUCUCCUAAGGGUUUCAUGUUUGGUAAUGGUAAGGAUGGCGAACGGGUUUUCUGUUCUCCGUGCACCCAAAAUCCUCAUGCCAGCCACCGCUUCCUUCUCUGUUUCCCCUUCCUCUCGUCUCCAUCCAGCCUCGGAUCCCCAACCGCAAGAACAGCAAGAAUCGUCGGCGGCGGCGGCGGCGAUGGUGUGCGCUAAGUGCGAGAAGAAGCUCGGGAAGGUGAUCGUGCCUGACAAGUGGAAGGAGGGCGCCAGCAACACCAACGAGAGCGGCGGCCGCAAGAUCAACGAAAACAAGCUCCUCUCCAAGAAGAACAGGUGGACUCCAUAUGGAAACACCAAAUGUAUAAUCUGCAAGCAACAGGUGCACCAGGACGCAAAAUAUUGCCACACGUGUGCUUACUCGAAAGGAGUGUGCGCAAUGUGUGGGAAGCAAGUGUUGGACACGAAGCUCUACAAGCAAAGUAACGUGUGA